AUGUCUUCAAAAACUUUAUUUACUUUGGAAGAAGAUACAAUUCUCGCAGAAUUUGUUAGUAAACAUCCAUGUUUGUUUGACUUGAGAAAUUCAUUGUACAAGGAUCAACAUGUACGAGAAAAUGUGUGGAAAGAAGUGUCAUGUAUUUUAAAAACAAAAAGUGUUGACGAUUGUAAAAAAAGAUGGCGAAAUAUGAAGGACACCUACAAUAAAAACAAAAGGAGUAGAAAAGUCGGUACAGGAUCAGCAACUAGGAAAAAGCCUUCCAAGUGGCAACUUUCAGAUAUUUUAUCUUUUCUAGAUGUAGCAACUUAUGAAAGAGAAGGUGUAUCAAAUAUUAUGUCUUCUGAUGCAUCAGCAAUAGAACACACCAACGAAGAUCCUCAGAUUCAGAGUCAAAAAAAUACUGAUGGUUUGUUUGAAGACUCAAUUGAUGCAAGUGUGUUAAACCAAGGAGAAAGUGAAUUACAGCCAUCUUCAUCAGCUAUUGGAGAAUCGAUUUCAGAAACGGGAGUUACUGGUAAAAUAAAAAAAUCGUGGACUGAAUCAGUAUCGAAUAAAAAAACAAAAAAAAACGACAAUUUACUUGAUGCAUUGAAAAAAAGAGAUGAAGAAAGGAAUAAGAUUCUUCAAGAACUAAAAAAUAUUGAACAAGACGAUCCUAUUGAUGCUUUUUUCACAAGUAUGGCAUUAACGGUAAAGCAGUUUACUCCAGAAUUAAUAAUUCAAGCUAAAUUUGAUAUUCUUCGUAUUGUAAGUAAUUUAGAAUUAAAGAAUAACAAAUUAAAAGAAAUUAUGCCACCCCCUCAAGUUCCACAGCCGUCUACUUCUUCAAGCUACGAAUUUCCCACAACAGUCAACCCUUACCAAAGCUCCGAAGAAAGUUCGCAUCCAGAGUGGGUAGAUUAUAAUUAUUCUACAUCCAAUUCGUUUGAUAGCCAGCAACAAGAUAGUGAACAACCAGAGGAAUAUUGGAUUCAUUCUCUUAAUAAGUAG